GCUUUUAAAGUAGAGUAAUAGAGGGAGAAAAAUAAAAGAAGAUGGCAAGUCAUUUGGAAGAGGGGUUGUUAGUAAAAGAGAGAUUAGAUGGUAAUAAUAACAAGGAGGAAAACAAUAAUAGUGUUGAAGUGUUGAGAAGAGAAAAUACUGUUGGAUGGGAGGUGAUAUGGGUGGAAAUGAAGAGGAUUGGUUAUUUAGCAGGACCAAUGGCAGCAGUGACAUUAUCACAGUAUUUGUUGCAAGUGAUAUCCAUGAUGAUGGUCGGUCAUUUAGGUCAACUUUACCUCUCUAGCACUGCCAUUGCUGUCUCUCUUGCUACUGUCACUGGUUUAACUCUACUUCUAGGAAUGGCCAGUGCACUAGAAACACUAUGUGGACAGGCUUAUGGAGCUAAGCAAUACAAGAAAAUUGGAACACAAACAUACACUGCUAUAUUUUGUCUCUUCAUUGUUUGCGUUCCCCUGUCAAUGUUAUGGAUAUACGUUGGACGAUUACUCGUCUUCAUGGGACAAGAUCCUCAGAUUUCAUAUGAAGCUGGAAGGUUCAUAAUGUGUUUAAUUCCUACUCUUUUUGGUAGUGCAGCUCUUCAGCCACUCAUUAGAUAUUAUCUGAUGCAAAGUAUGAUACUUCCAUUGAUCAUAAGUUCAUGUUUAACAAUAGUCGUCCAUGUACCAUUAUGUUGGGUGCUAGUUUAUCACACUGGAUUAAAGAAUAUUGGGGCUGCAUUUGCCAUGGACAUAUCGAUUUGGUUGAAUGUCACAAUUCUUGCUUCAUACAUGAGGUUCUCACCUGCUUGUGAGAAAACUCGGGUGCCAAUUUCUUCGGAGAUUUUGCAUGGAACGAAAGAUUUCUUUCGUUUUGCCAUCCCUUCCGCUAUCAUGAUAUGUCUUGAAGGGUGGUCAUUUGAGCUAAUUAUCUUGCUAUCUGGGCUAUUGCCAAAUCCGGAGGUUGAAACUUCAGUGUUAUCUGUUUGCCUGAACACUAUUGCUACCCUUUAUUCAAUUCCAUAUGGCCUUUCUGGUGCUGUAAGCACGAGAGUUUCCAACGAGUUGGGAGCUGGAAAUCCACAAGGAGCGUGUAUAUCUGUGUUCUCGGUGAUGCUCCUCACAGUAAUGGAGGCUAUAUUAGUUAGCGCGACCCUCUUUGGUUGUCGGAACAUUUUUGGAUUCCUUUUCAGCAGUGAUGUGGCAGUUGUGAACUAUGUAGCAAAGAUUGCUCCUCUUGUUUCAUUAUCUGUCAUAAUGGAUGCCUUACAAGCUUCUCUUUCAGGUGUUGCUAGGGGAUGUGGUUGGCAACAUAUUGGAGCCUAUGUCAAUCUUGCUUCAUUUUACCUAUUUGGAAUUCCUAUAGCUGUUGCAUUGAGUUUCUGGUUAGAACUUAGGGGGGAAGGCCUGUGGAUUGGCAUACUAUGUGGUGCAACUCUGCAAACUAUUCUCCUUUCUGUCAUAACAAGCUUGACUAAUUGGAAAAAACAGGCAGCCAUGGCUAGGGAGAGGUUUCUUGAGGUAAAAUGAGUUACAACAUGAUGGGAAAAAAGACAGCUUCAAUUUUGACACCUUAUAUUUGGAGAUUGUACCAAAAAAUAUGUUGUGUGGUCACCAGUAGUUUGCAUCCCUCAAGUGUGAUCUACAAGUAAUAUGCUUAAUCAUUAAUUCUUAUAGAGUGUACUUAGAGUUAUCAUUUGUAUAAUCACAAAUUUGGGUCUUGAAGGGUGAGGGCAUCAACAAGUAAUAAAAGUUGGGCCUAUGGAGAUUGUACUUAAAUUUGUCAUUUGUGUAGUCACAGAGUUUCCAAAUUGAAGAGUGAGAUUUAAGAUCAAUCAAUAUGGUGUUGUCCCUUGUUUGUGUACUCACCAAUUUGCACAAGUAAUAUGUAUUGGCCCAUAAAUAUUGGAUUGGACUUAAAUUUGUUUAUCUACUAUCCAAUUUGAGUCCUUAAUUAGUGGGAGUAGUAAGAUUCAUUUUUUUG